AGUCUUCACUUCUUCAGUCGUUCAGAGUGGUGCCUCUACAAUACUCAAUCGCUUCAUUCCUCCUCGUACUCGUAGGCAAGACUGAUCUCUGUCACGGGCAGUACUAGAUCUGCUCCCUCCUACUUGUAGUGCUCGCACAGCGCUACGAGUACCUCAGCUCUCGGAGUAGUAGCAUUAGCAGGUCGACACAGUGGUCGGCUAGAACUCGAUUGCGAGGAAUAUAGCAACUGGCCAAGUUACCAACCUCUGGAGGUGCCUCUGAGAUCAUGGCUAGAUCGCCCCAUUUGCCCCGUGAUAGUAGUAGCCAUUGAAGUAGUUUGUCGGCUAGCGGGCAACAGUGCUACAGAAGCGGCGCGCACGUAGCAGCGACGUGAUGGCUGUCUAUUUACGGGAGUGUGCCAUGCCAGGCGAGGAGAGAUUCAAAACGUUCCUGGAUGGAAUACAAAGAGAUGCUGAUGACUGCCAACCUAGUGAGUAUGCGGCUGCAUGCAAGCUACAAGCAUGGUGGCGUGGAGUACUCACUAGAGGAUAUUUGGCGUACCUGAGGAUGUGCUGUGUGCGAGUGCAAAGCUGCUGGAGAGGUGUUCUGGGAAGGAGGGAGUACAGGGAGAUAUUGCAGACACGCGUUGACCUAUACGAGUUCCAAUACUAUUACAACUCAGCCGCCAAGAUCCAAGCUCUGUGGAGAGGUUACGUGGUGCGGCGGGACAUCAGUGACUUCUACGCCAGGAAACGGUUUCUGGAAGGACUGACGGUCAAAGAGGAAAUCUUCCGGAAAGAGCUACUCACGGAGAGGCAGAGGGCAUUAGUAGCUGCACAGAGGGAGCAAAACAACGCAGAAAUGGAUGAAAUCACCCGCAUUGCCGAGCAACAUCAUCACAUGGCCAGCACAGUAUCAACUCGUGGCGUGUACAACAGCUUCAACUGCACAGAAAGGAACCGAGCCAUCGAUGACACGAUGCAUGCCAGGUCACGUCAUCUAAAACCAUCGGAAGUAUGGCACGAGCGCAUGGAGCAGCACUAUUUCACCGUCAAUGCCAAGCUACCGGCAGAGACAAGCGGGAUGACAGAUCCCACUGCCAGCGGCAUGAAGUGGACCGGACGGCUUGCCACAGUGCGAGAUCGCCGUGCAGAUUGGAAGUCAAAUGUUCCAGUACUGCCGCCCAUCCAAGGCAGUUUACAGGGACCUUUCCUUCCACCCGAUCUGGUGAAAGCUCAGCGCAAACGACCAGCGCAUCGCUCCGUCCACAGCACAUCGGACUAUCAGAACGCCAGGGAAACUAAUGCUGCACAAGUGCUAUCUGAGCGAAGAAAACGAAUGCACGAUCCAAAGUUAAAACCGUUCACCAAGGUCGAGUACCAGCCAGUCAGCUUCAUACACUGCAAGAGUCCUGUUCAGAAAGCCGAACACGGUACCAUUCAUUUCCGAGAUCCUGCCAGCAUUUCCUCUCCAGACAAGGAUUUUCAACUUCAUGCUCUCAGCCGGAAAAUCCCGCUGUUUGACGGCUUCAACAAGACAUACUCUUCAUGAGUGACCAGAAAUCGCAAUAUACUUUGAAGUGUGAGACAGGAAGAAGUACGCUGCGUGAGAUACUCCUGCCUGCCCUUGACAACGUCUGUGCUGUAUGUAAAAGUGUGUGAUGUGCAAAUUUUGGAUUGUUCAUUUUCUCUUUUUGUCGCUUCCUACGUCAAACUUGAAUAUUUCCUAUACAGGUCAGAUUGUAAUGUCACCCAUGCGUGGUCUUCACAAUAAACCCCAUAGAAGGUCUGAGCCCAGAUGCUUGUGAACAUAGCUGUGUUUCAGGAGACUCACGUUGAUUCUGUCUUGCUAUAUAAAAAAUAAUUAUUGUGUUUUAAAAAGCUGCUACUUCGAA